UUCUCGCUCUCGCGCCUCGCUCCACUUCUCUGCAACCAUGUCUGACAAGCCCGAUACGGCUGGGAUCGAGAAAUUCGAUAAGUCGAAAUUGAAGAAGACAGAAACGCAAGAGAAAAAUCCACUGCCUUCCAAAGAAACGAUCGAGCAGAAGCAAGCAGGCGAGUCGUAAUGAGGCAAGCGCCACCAAUAUGCACUGGACAUUCCACAAGC